CAGGUGUUUUUAAAAUAUAAGUACAAUGUAAAAGCAUGUAUGUACACAAUGAGUGCAUUGUAUCAAAUUAUUAAUUUAAAUGUGAGUACAUAGUAGUUAAGGCCACUUAAUAUAAAGUGGGACCAGAAUAUUUCCAUACUAGGCUUUGUUGGGAUUGCAAAGCAUUGGAUUGUAUGUCUGCUUCUUUUUAAGUGUUCUUUGUUCUUCUUUAGAUCAGCGAGAUUGUUUACUUGACAAAUAAUUAUUGUAUCACGUCAAAACCAAACCUAAUUUCUGAAUGUUGCUAAGAUAGUGUGAAAUGACCAGCAUUAUGACACAAUUUCUCUAUGCACACUAUGUUUUGUCUAAAAGAGUAUGUCAGUGAACUGGGGGAAGUAUUUUCUGACGCAGGUCUAAUAGCCUACCUUUCUUCUGAGCCUAUUAUUUGAAGAAUGUUUUAGUUUACAGUAGCUUAAAUGUAAAAUAAUAAUAAUAAUAAUAAAUCGAGAAUUAACAUGACAGUAGGUUUUCAGAUUAUUAUAAAUAAUUAAAAAAAAAUUAAAAAAUAAUAAUAUUUGCCUCCGUGUCUAAUUGAUUAUAAAUUAGUAUAAUAUAUUAUGAAGAAUACCGGGACCAGUUUGCGCUUGCUCGCGUCCUCCAGUCCUGUAGAUGGCGCAGAUUCAUUCGAAUAUAAUAAACACAUCUUAAUAAACAGCAAAGAAGAAUUGAGGCUUCUUUUCUGAUGUUUUUGAAUGUUACCUGAAACUGUAGUUUAUUAUGGAUGACCCGGUCAUUAUCAAAACCGAGAAGGUUUUACAUUUGAACAGCUCUAAGGGAAGAAAGGUCCGUGUGGUUCGGGAGCAUUAUGUGAGGCAGCAGGUGCCGUGUGGAAACUCGUUCUGUCAAGCGAAUUGUCACAACGUUGGGAAGGUGCUGUCUAGUGAUGUAACCCACUAUGUGGUUCCGGAUGUGGGAGUAGUUCGGGAUUUCCUGGAGAUUCUGGAGUUCAGGGAGCUGCAGGGUAUCGUUUUGACCCAGACAGCCUACCAGACUGUACAGCACACUCGUGGACGCAGGCACUAUAACAGACUUCGUGCGUUACUGAAGGACCCUCGCCAUGAUUGCGUGCUGUUUGCAAAUGAGUUUCAGCAAUAUUCCUACUGUCCCAGAGACAAGGGUGAACCUCAAGACAAAUGGAAUACAAGAAAAGUGUACAAUGCAGCAGUUUGGUACUAUAAUCAUCUGGCUGGGCUCCGGCCAGUGGUCAUGAUUACAGAAGAUGCUGACACUAUUUCAGAAUAUAGUGCCUUAAACAGCGGAGUGUAUGUCAUCUCGACUCAGGAGUACCUGUUAAGUUUCUGGCCGCAGCUGCAGGCUGCCCGUGAUCUAUACAACUCCAUUGCUCAGACCCUUCAAGAGCGAGAGAGUGAGGGAGCAGAGAAGGUGUACGCUGAACACCUGCCUGCAGAGGUGCUUGAGGCUGGUAUAAAAUCUGGCAGGUACAUCCAGGGCAUCCUCAGUGUGAACAAACAUCGAGCACAGAAUGAAGCGUUUGUUCGUUAUGAGGGUUCGGCCAGCAAAAAUACAGAGCUAAACAGUGAUGUGCUGAUCAGUGGAGUGAAGCACCGUAACCGAGCGGUCCAUGGAGAUAUGGUUGUCAUAGAGCUUUUGCCCCGUAAUGAGUGGAAGGGCAGGACUAUUGCGCUAACAGGAGGUCAGGGGGAGGAGCGGGUACAAGAGGACAUCCAGAGUCAGCCCUUGCCCACAGGCAGGGUGGUGGGUAUUCUGCAGAGGAACUGGAGAGACUACGUUGUGACAUUCCCUCCUCUUGAGGAGGUGCAGUCCCAGAGCCGAAAUUCACAGAAGAUUCUGGUUAUUCCAUGGGACUACCGCAUACCUAAAAUCCGUAUCAGCACACAGCAGGCUGAGGCACUGCAGGACCAAAGAGUAAUUGUGCGUCUGGAUUCGUGGGAGAGUACUUCUGUCUACCCAAAUGGCCAUUGUGUGAGGGUUCUGGGAAAAGCAGGUGAGCUGGAGACUGAGAUUCAGACCAUCCUGGUGGAGAACUGCAUCCAUGUUCCACCAUUCUCCGAGGCACAGUUGCGAGAGAUGCCAGUUAACACAGAGGAGAACCCGUGGCAGAUGGACAGCAGUGAGGUGUCUUCUCGACGGGACCUGAGAGAGACGCAUCUAGUGUUCAGUAUUGAUCCUAAGGGCUGUGAGGACGUGGAUGACACCUUGUCUGUACGGAUUUUGCCUGGUGGGAAACGGUUAGAGCUGGGUGUCCACAUUGCUGAUGUCACUCACUUUGUCAGGGAAGGCUCUCUUACAGACCUAGAGGCACGGUCCAGGGCAACCACUUACUACCUUGCUGACCGGAGAUAUGACAUGCUGCCAGCAGUGUUGAGUGCCGACCUGUGCUCCCUCCUUGGAGGAGUGGACCGAUAUGCCAUGAGUGUGCUUUGGGAGCUGGAUGCAGAGUCUCUGGAUGUGUGUACAGUUUGGUACGGUCGCACUCUAAUCCGCUCCUCCUAUCAGCUUCACUAUGAGCUGGCCCAGAGCCUGCUGAAUGGCGAGGAGGUCGAGGUGCCUGAGCUAGGCCAGCUCAAGGGUUCACAGCGGGACCAAAAACUAGCUGAGCUCAUGCAGGCCCUGGAGACUCUGACGAGGGUAGCCAGGCACCUCCGGGCACAGAGAGAUAAGGGUGGUGCUCUGGAGUUGGAGGGGGUGGAGGUUAGGGCUCAGCUGGAUGAGGAGAAGAACAUUACAGCCCUUGUGCCUAAACAGCCUUUGGAGGUUCAUGAGACUGUGGCAGAGUGCAUGAUCCAUGCCAACCACUGGGUGGCACGCAAGAUACAGGAGAGCUUUCCACAUCAAGCUCUUCUGCGUCAUCACCCACCACCCAAACAGGAGUUCUUCAAUCAGCUAAUCGACAGUGCCAAGGCCCGUGGCUUCAGUAUUGAUACAAGGUCAAACAGGGCUCUGGCUGAUUCUCUGGAGCGAGCUGUGGAUCCUCAGGACCCCCUGGUGAACAGGAUGUUGAGAAUGAUGGCCACACAGGCCAUGUCUAAUGCUCUUUACUUCUCUACAGGAGCCUGUCCAGAGGAACAGUACUAUCACUAUGGUCUUGCACUGGAUCGAUACACUCACUUUACCUCUCCAAUCAGACGCUACGCCGAUGUAUUAGUUCACCGGCUGCUCAUGGCUGCCGUUCAGCUGGAGAAGGAAGGAUCACUAAGCAAAGUUUUGGACAGUAACAAAGAACUUGAGGAGCUGGCUCAACAUAUCAACAAUAAAAACAGAGCAGCGCAGCACGCGCAGAAGCAGUCCACGGAGCUCUUCCAGUGCCUCUACUUCAGAGACAAAGACUCCAACACAGAUGAGCGCUGUGUGGCUGAUGCUGUGAUCUAUGCUGUCCGAGCUAAUGGUUUUCUUGCCUUCGUACCACAGUAUGGUGUGAAGGGAGCUGUGUACCUUAAGGAUCGAGAGGGUCAGGUGGUCAGUGUUGAUGGAGACGGAAGAUGCGAGUGGAAGGCUGGGAUAUUGCAGAGAUACCCUGACAGGAUCAACACCUGCACCAGCACUGGAACUCAUACCUUUCACCUCUUCGACCACGUUACAGUCCGUAUCUCUGUAGAACCGUCUCGUUGCCAUGCCGACAGCUUGUGUCUGCAGCUUAUCAGCAACAAGCCCCAUUGCGCUGUGAAACCCGAGUCCCAGCCAGCUGGUCGUGGUCGGUCCGAGCUGGUUCAGGAAGUUGUGCGCUGGGCAGAAGAGGCCUCUCUCCAGGCAGAGGAAGAGAAGGGGAGGAAGCCCAAACUGAGCAGGGAGGAGAGGAAGUUCAAACAGAGCAGAACACCAAACCUCUAUGUCCUGUUACAGGAGAUCAGUGAACUUGCCCUGCUGGAUCUGUCUUUAUGCCAACUCAGAAAUACAGAGGAACAGACUUGUACUGCAUCUUCUUAGCUUUUUACUGCUGAUACUACAAUUGACUAGACACAAUACUCACCACAGAAAGGUUUUGUAAUAUUUGCUAGAUUUAGGCCUGCCAUGAAGUUCAGUUUAAGUGUCCAGAUGUGAACUAACAAAUAAGAGUUAUACCUACUCAGGAUUUAUGAACCCUGGCUGCUUGCAUUGUGUAAUACUUGAUUUCAUAAGGGAAAACAUUGGGUCUUCCUGAUACAAUUUGAUGGGAGAUUAUUUCUCAAAAUGACUUAUAAAUAACCUAGAAUAAGAUCACAAAUAGCAUGCAAUUUACACAGGCUUUUUUCUACAUGAAAUCCUUGUUAAGCACAUCUGUAAACCAGUCUGAGGCAAUGAAAAUUAUAACCUACUAUAUUUUUGAAGUAGGCUUAUAGACUUCCAAGAUGUUUGCAUUUUUAAUGCUUUCCAUUUUAAAUUUUUUUUUUUUAUUUAAAUAAAAUGUAUUUUUGUAUGUCA